GCGCUGAGGGCUAGCAGCCUUCAGUCUCGGAAGCCGACUUCUCGCGAGACUCUCUGGGGGUCGGGGCCAGGCGCGGGGCGGGGCCGGCGGAGGGCGGCCUCCCGAGGGUGCGCGGGGCGAGCGGCGGAGCAGGUUCCCGGCCGCCCACCUGCCCGCCGCCACGUCCGGGGGCAGCAUGGCGCAGGCGCGGCUGCUCCGCGUGAGCCUGGCCCUGGGCUGCCUGCUGGUGGGGCUGCUCAUCGUCCUGUACUGGGACCGUGUGGGCACCCUGCGCCUGGCCCUGGCCGGCCCACGCCCGCCCGCCGUGCCCGCCUCGCCCACGCCACCCGCCUUCCCCGAUGCGCCGGCCGGCCCAGAGGAGAGCGUGCGCGGCUAUGACUGGACAGCCCGCGGCCCGGACCCCCAGGACCCCGAGGACCCCGCGGCGCGCCAGGCGGCCCGGCGGGGCAGGCUGCGGGCCCUGUGUGCCAACACCAGCUUUGCCUUCGCGGCCACCCGGCGCGCCCUGGACGACAUCCCCAGCCGCGAGCUGGACCACCUGAUAGUGGACGAGCGGCACGGCGCCAUCUACUGCUACGUGCCCAAGGUGGCCUGCACCAACUGGAAACGCGUCAUGAUCGUGCUGAGCCAGAGCCUGCGCGACAGGGCCGGCGCCCCCUUCCGGGACCCCCUGGCCGUGCCCCGUGAGGCCGCGCACAACGCCAGCUCGCACCUGACCCUCGGCCGCUUCUGGCGGCGCCAUGGCCGGCUGGCGCGGGGCCUGGUGCGGGCGCGCCUGCAGACCUACACCAAGUUCCUGUUCGUGCGGGACCCCUUCGUGCGUCUCAUCUCCGCCUUCCGCAGCAAAUUCCAGCUGGAGAAUGAGGAAUUCUACCGGCGCUUUGCGGUGCCCAUGCUGCGGCUCUACGCCAACCGCACACGCCCGCCCGCCUCCGCCCACGAGGCCGCCCGCGCCGGGCUGCAUGUCAGCUUCGCCAACUUCGUGCAGUACCUGCUGGACCCGCGCACCGAGGCCCGCGGCGGCCCCUUCAAUGAGCACUGGCGGCAGGUGCACCGGCUGUGCCACCCCUGCCAGAUUGACUACGACUUCGUGGGCAAGCUGGAGACACUGGAGCAGGACGCGGCCGCUCUGCUGCGGCUGCUCAAAGCUGACGCCGGCCUACGCUUCCCGCCCAGCUACCGCAACCGCACUGCCCGCAGCUGGGAGCAGGGCUGGUUUGCGCAGGUGCCGCUGGCCUGGCGCCGCCAGCUCUACCAGCUCUACGAGCCUGACUUCCUGCUCUUCGGCUACCCCAAGCCCGAGAGCCUGCUCAGGGACUGAGGCGUGCAUCUCCCCGGGGCGCCCUUGUGUCCCCUGUGCUGCGCCUGGGCUCUGCGACAGGGACCCCCCCCCAUCCCCCAGGGACGGCAGGAGGUGGGACUCUUGGGCUGCUCUUGAGACUGACAGAUCGCGGGGGUCAUAUGGGGGCACAGCCACGCCCCUGGAGGGCAGUAUCAUGGCUGCCUUCAGCCAGGAGGAGGCGCCCUCUAUUAGAGGGCGGAGGCUGGACCCCCAGGGAGGGUCGGGGAUACAGCCACUGGAGCGGCCAGGGAUACCUCGACUGGGGUGGCCAGGGUUCGAGAGUGGAGGGAAAGUCAGCCAGCCGUCCUACUGGGUCCUGAAGGGGGGGUGGCCCGGUCAGCCAUGCCCUCUGUCCAUCCAUCUGUGUUGGGCUGGGGGGCAGCUCACCCAGUGGGACCUGUGCCUUAAUGUGUGUGUAGCAGGCCCUGUGCCUGCCUAGGGACCCCACGGGAGCACCGUGGACAGCCAGGGGAGCCCUGGGCACGGUGGAGCAGGGCAGCUGUGCACUCUGUCUCUACGUUGAAUAAAAGAAUCAAGAAUCUAGG